AGGAUGCGACCCUUCCCUCGGCCCUGCUUGAACGUGGGAUGCCUUAUAUACCAGACUGCCCUUUACAACGACAAAUGUUUGAAAUAUAUGACCGUGUCAAAUGUCAAAACUUUGCCGUAACAUUCCAAAAAAAGGAAAUAGUACAAUAAAAGAUAGUAUAUGACACUGAUUCACUUCUUAUUUUAUUUUAUUUUAUUUUACAUAAUAACUAACAGGUCUGUUAGAAAAUCAAAUUUGUGGAUAAAAUACAGGUGACACACUUGGAAAAUAGUUUUAGCCUCAUACAUCCAACUAACUGAACUAAAACAUAACUGCAAUUCCCAUUUCUGCAAAUUUUUUUUUAAAAAAAUUUGAUUUCGUUUCCUUUUGUUGCCUCUCUAUUUCCUUAGACAUUACUAAUUUCAUUUCUCAUAUCAGAAGGAGAAGUACAUUGUGUCUCUUCUCUUUCUUGACGUAUAAUAUAUUUCAUCAGUAUGUAAAUAUCAAGAAAACAGGACCAUUUUGCUUAUCCGAUCCAACAAUGUCGUCCACAAAAGUUUCCCUUCUCUUAUUCUUUGUUACAUCCCUUUUUUAUUCAUGUUCUUUAGCUGAAAUCAGAUCCAAUGAGGUUCGUUCUGAUGAUCGUCCCAUUAUACCAUUUGAUGAAUUCGGCUUCACACAUCGGGGUAGAUUGGAACUCAAUGUCUCGAAAAUAUCCCUUGGUGUCCCUAGCAAUCCCGCAAACCUUGAUCUUUCGAAAGUUGGAUUCUUUCUAUGUACUAGCAACGCGUGGAUGCGUGUUCUUGAACAAAUUGAGGAUGCGGAGAUCACUUGCGCGGUCCAGUCUGAUAAGGUCAAGCUUGUCUAUACAUUCGACAAACUUGGUGACAAUUCGUCUUUAAACACACUUUUUGUUGAUACGGAAGCUGAUCAGUACUCUCUGGUGUUUGCUAAUUGUUGUCCUCAGUUAAAAGUUUCUAUGAUUGUGCGAUCUGCAAUGUACAAUCUUGAUGCUAAAUCAGGAAAUAGAGACUAUCUCUCUGUUGGCAAGGCCAUUUUGCCUAGGAUUUAUUUCGUGUUUUCGCUUGUUUAUUUCUGUUUGGGUGUAUUUUGGAUAUUCGUGCUGUUCAAGAAGAGAUUAACUGUUCACGCGAUCCAUUUCUUCAUGCUGGCUGUAGUCAUAUUGAAAGCCUUGAAUUUGUUGUGUGAAGCAGAAGAUAAAUCUUACAUUAAGCGUACGGGUAGUGCUCACGGAUGGGAUGUACUGUUUUACAUUUUCAGUUUCUUGAAAGGGAUAAUGUUGUUCACGUUGAUCGUGUUGAUUGGGACGGGCUGGUCAUUUCUAAAACCUUAUUUGCAGGAGAAAGAGAAGAAAGUUUUGAUGAUUGUGAUACCACUUCAGGUUGUAGCAAAUAUAGCUCAGGUUGUGAUUGAUGAGAAUGGGCCUUAUGGGUAUGAAUGGGUGACAUGGAAACAAGUGUUUUUGCUCGUUGAUGUGAUCUGUUGUUGCGCGGUUCUUUUUCCCAUUGUUUGGUCGAUUAAGAAUUUGCGUGAGGCUGCUAAAUCUGACGGGAAAGCUGCUGUGAAUUUGAUGAAACUGACGCUCUUUAGGCAGUACUACAUCGUGGUUAUAUGUUAUAUUUACUUUACAAGGGUUGUGGUUUAUGCAUUGGAGACGAUUGUAUCGUAUAGGUAUCUUUGGACUAGUGUAAUGGCAGGGGAAGUGGCAACUCUGGCUUUUUAUUUGUUUACUGGAAUUAAAUUCAGGCCUGAGGUACACAAUCCGUACUUUGUAAUCGACGAUGAAGAAGAAGAGGCUGCAUCUGAGGCAUUAAAGUUUGGUGACGAGUUUGAAUUGUGAGAAAAUUAUUCUUGAGAUUACAUGAUCUCGUUAUCAGUUUUGCAAUGGUGACUAUAAUAUUGUAGAUCAUUUUUACUUUGAAGUUUUGUUCAAAUUUCUGUAUUGUCAAUUUUGUCUCUGUAUUGUAUUUGUAUAACUUGAGCAUGUCAUUUGAUUUCUUGUACUAGCAUUUUGUCUGGAAAAGAUCAAUUGUUCUGUGAAUUAAAAUAGGCCUUUCAGGUAUUUCAUUUGAUUAA